AUGGAAAAUAAUCAUCAUAAAAUCAAGCGAAAGUAAGUUUUUUCUUAAAUUAAAUGUUCAUCCGAAAACCCUAUUCUGGGAGUUUUUUAGACGAAGAGUUGUCGAAAUCGAAUUUCAGCCCGGAAAAUCGACGCUGAAAGUGCUGAAAACCGUGGGAAAACACAUGUUAUCGAUGGGAAUUCCGCAAAGAGGUGGAUAUGAAUUAUAUCCCGAAGAAGCUGUCUUUUUACAUGAGGUAUGAAAAAAUGCUAUGUGGAUUUUUGAUUUUCUGAAAAUUGGGUCUUUUGAAUAUAGCGUAUUAUUUUUUUGAAAACCCGAAAAUCGAUAGUACAAUAAUGUACUAUCGAAAUUGUCACCCGCUUUUCUAAAAAAAAUGAAUUUUAUACGUAUCAAAAUUUUUAUAUUCAAUUGAAUGUCAGGGAUAAAAUGUUUUCUUGUUUAUUCCUUCCAAGAGUAAAUCAAGUCGUAAAAAAUUAAUAAAAAAUAUUUUUUUUGACAAAAUUUUCCAUUCACCAACUUUUAUUUUUCAAACCGUUUUUUAUAGAAAUAUUUCAGAAAAUGUUUUUUAGUAAUAUUUUUCGACUUAAAUCACUCCAUUUUAUCUGUAAAAAAUUAUUUUUUGAAAAUUGUAGACAAAAAUUUUUGUCUACAAUUUUCAAAAAAAAACAUUGUUCUUUUUAGAGAGUUUUCUGGGAGAAAAAACCCACGUCAUAACUUUCAAGUCUCCCUUUUCCAGACCGGUUCUGGAAUAAUUCAAAACGUCAACGGUCAAGAAUUAUCGAUUUUUCAAGCGCUCCAUAUUUUGGAAUCCUGUCAAGUUUCGACUCAAAAAUAUGAAACAUACAAAACAAUUCGGCUAACUGGAUUGGUUAUUAUUAGACCAAGACAAACUACAAUUAAUCAUGAAAGAAUGCGAAGACCGAAUUGGCCACAACCUCAGACUUCAAAUUAUCAACCGCAAAAUCAAGUGCAGGUCCAAUUUCAACCGUUUCAAAAUUUUGUUCAAAAUCAACGCUCAGAAAAUCCACUGAACUUGGAGCUUUGCAAAAAUCCGCAAUUUGUCAAUUUCCUAAAACUCGAAAAUUUCAAAUCAAAAUUUAUUCCAAGAUUUUCAUCAAGAUCUAACAAACCGUGUCGCCCGAAAUAUUGGCCAAUUAUUCCGGAAGCUCAAAAAUGCACAAAAUUGGGAAGAAUAUCGACAUAUCGAUUGGUCAAAAAGAUCAAAAGGCAAAAAUUAUAAUUUUCGAAAACCGGGAAAUUCUGCAGAAUUUCGGAGGAAUUCAAGGAUUACUGUGGAGAAUGUGGAUUUUCAUGUUUUUUCGCCAGCUGGAUAUUCACAUAAUUUGCCAGCGAGACCAUUGUUUUCAGUGAUUUGUUAUGGGUGAGAACACUUUUUUUAUAGAAAAAAAUUUGAAUUUUUUCACAGAAGGUUUUGAAAAAGUUAGAUUGGAUAGUGUUUUUUUUACAGGCAGUCUCUAAAAUUUUAAAAAAAGUUUUUUGAAAUUCCAAAAUUGCCUUUGAAAAAAUUGAAUCUAUUUAUUAAUUUUUUGAAACAGUAAUUUUUUUUCCAAUUCAACUGGAAAGAAACUACAACAAAUCCCCAAACAAUUUAUAAUUUUCAGUGUGUUUUUUGCAGAUCAAACAGUCCGCCUCUCAAUAUUGCUCAAUUAUCCCAAAUGAACAAUGUAAUUUUAGCAAUUCAAGAGACAAAUAACAUCAAUUUUGUGUCACUCAGCGGAUUUCCGAUCAAUCUUGCCGAAUUUUUGUAG